AUGAUCAAAGACGCAGUUAAAGACGCUAUGAUACCCGUGCAGAAAAGUGUAUCAGACAUGGAAAUCACUUUGAGAACAAUGACUGAACACAUGGCCUCACAUGACAAAAAGUUUGACACGGUGUUUAACAAGAUGGAGACCAUCCAAGCUAACCAGAGGAAAAACGAAACCGAAACUGCACGUUGCCUGAAAGAACUUGCAAAGUUACGAGAAGACUUGGUCGGGCAAGAAGAUCGUAGCAGACGUAACAAUGUACGUCUGGGAAACUUAUCCCCAGGAGUGGAGGGAGAUGACCCGCUUGGAUAUAUCCAGAAAAUGCUGCCAAAGUGGAUCCCCGCGCUCAGCGGUAGAUCUCCCAUUGAAAUAGACCGGGCUCACCGUAUCUACUCCACGAGAAGUUCCAAAGCCCCACGGGUCAUGAUUUUUCGCCUCCUGCGUUACACAGACCGGCAGGCCAUCCUGGACGGGGCGAGGAAGAGCAGACCAACACAGACCACACUUUUCCCCGGACUACAGCAUCACGACGAGUCAACGGAGGCAGGCGUAUAA